GUGGAUUUACAAAAUAUUAAACUUGCUUAAAUAAUCAUGGUUACAAGAGAUGUCAAUGUUAAGCUGAAUGUCGAGGAAAGAGUUAAAGAAAGACUUUGUUUUAAAAAACCUACAGUAGCCCAAAUGAAGAGAUUAUCCAUUCCUGCACAUCCUUUUAUUGAGCCCUUAUCACAGUUGCAGGAAUUCCAAGAAUACAAUAAAAUUGAGUCGGUUCAUAAACGAGCUCGAAAAGCUCUUGCUAAAAAAGACUCCCGUUCUUCGUCAAGAGGAGAGAAGUUUCGACGUCUGAUGCCUUUCGAGAGAGAUGAACCAAUGAAGCGCGUAGUGCCUCAGCGUGUUGAGAGCCCAUUCUUCCCAGAAAUUCCAACAUUUGCUAGAUUUCGUUUGUGGAAAGGAUUCACUCGAUGGCGUAAAGUUAUACGUUACACGAAAAUAGAACAAUGUAAACGAUUCCUGCGUGAUAACUUAUUCAUUGCAAAUUCAUCACUUCGACCGGCAUUGUUAAAUAUCCGUGAAAUGUGCUAUCGUAUUGGAGAUAUGGGAUUAUGCAAGUUAGAAAAGGACAAAACGUACACAUUAUUGGAGUUUUUAACGAAUCAAGUUAAUCAGUUGAAUGAAGUAUGUACAAGACUGUGUGAAUUUCGUGAACUUGUCAAAGAAGUUGUCCGCGGUGCAUGUCGUACCGCGUUACUGGAAUACGGUUUUAUGCCGGACGACUAUUUAACAGAUAAUAUUACGGUACUUCCAGGAACAGAACAAUAUGGUGUGGGAACAAGUUAUAUUUCGUCAGGUUGUGAUAUGGAAAUCUAUUCAGAUGCACCGGAAAAAAUGACGUUUACCGAAAUGGCUUCCAAACGCAAACACUGUCAGCGUUUAACUUGUUUUAUACGUCUCGCGGAUUACCAAAUUGUUAGUACACUUCAUGUGCUCACAGUGAAUUCAGUUUAUACAAUAUUAGAUUGUUUGAGUGAACAUCUCCGUCACACCCCCGCUAUUAGUGAAAUAGAAACAUACAAAAUUGAAGUGGAAGAAUUAUUGGAAGCACCGAUUGCUGAUACGGAUAUAGGACGAAGAGAUAUGGGUGCUGGAAAGAAGCUAUCUUUUAAAAAGUCGGUGUCAAAACAAUCUUCAACCGAUAAAACCCAAGACGAGUCGAAACUACCUCCGCUUUUUGCAUUGGAAAUUAUACUAGAACCAUCUCGUUUAUAUUUAGUUCCAGACGAGUCUCUAUUUCAAGAUGGCAUUCUUGAAAUUAUCAAUAAAUUUCAGGAGCAAGUGUUCAACAUUAGGAACUUAACACCAGAUCCUUAUUUUGAUGCAUUCACAAGACCAUUAAUAAAUAAUAAAUUCGAGGAGAAAACAUGCGGCACAGGACCACAGCUACAAAACAUGUUUGCUGAAGAUACUGGACUACAAGAAAUCAUAUAUCAUGUCAAAAAAUCUUUGAAAAGCGCUUUUGAAGCUGUCAAUUCAUAUAUGAAUACAUUUGUAGAAAUUCAUGACUUCUAUCGAGACAACGAGGAAAUAACUAAAGAAAGUAUACAACUGGACUAUGCAACACGGACUGGUGAAAUGAAUCAUGUGGGACGUCUUAGUGAGACUGUUGAAUUCUUCAAAACAAACUUACUGAAACAUCAUCGUCAAGUUAAAAUCGCUGAACUUGUACCAGUUCAACGACCCAUUGGAAUGUUUUUAAUUGAUACACUGACUUUGCGUACCCGCCUUUUGCCAUCACCAAAUCGAUGCUUAGAGAUGUUGCAUAGUCUUCUACCGGUAUAUACACGUAGUGAAGUUGACAGAUUAGUGCAUGAAACUCAAGAAGCUGAAUAUACCUUGUCUGUAUCACCAAGUUCCACAGUCGAUUAUGUGAAUCAUUUUGAAUUUCUCAAUCAAAUACAAAGUAGGAUUGACCCGGUUGAGAAGGAAGCUGAAGUUAUUAAAGAACUUUAUGAAAUGAUCGAAGCGUUUAAUGUACCAGUACCACCGGAAGAUUAUGCAGUUUACCAGAGUCUUAUACCGUCGAUAGACAGAGCCAAGAAUGCUAUCGACAAAGCAUUAGGAGAUCGUGAUUUAUGUAUUGACAAAUUCUUCGGUUCUUUGGAGAAAGACGUUGCAGAACUUAUGCGUGACAUUAAAGAAGCUAAACAAGCCAUAAAUAAUCCAUUACUUUUAGAUGUUACAGCAGAACGUGAAGCUGUUCGCGCUGAACUGUCUAGACUGAAGGCAACCAUGGAUGACUUACAAAACAGGGCUGUAACUUUCAGAACAUAUCAUAAAAACUUUAAGGAUCAAAUACUUGCACGAGCUGGUGUACGAGCCACAUCAUUCAUAGUGGAACAACCACGUUUCGAGGAAUUGGAAACACUAGUUGGAGAGAUGAAAUUGAAACACUUAUUGUGGAAUUCUCUGGAAGAAUGGGAUGAAACUGUUAAGGAGUGGAUGAAGGCAGAUUUUUUCAAAUUAAAUCCAGAAGAAUUAACGAAUGUUACAAUGAAAUAUGUGAAGUCUGUCACACUACUAGAAAAAGGUUUACCACCCAACUCUGUUGUACCAUUGUUAAAGGAAAAAGUGGAGGAUAUGAAAGGAAAAUUAACAACUAUCAUGGAUUUACGUAACCCAACACUGAAACCACGACACUGGAAAAUGCUAGAAGAUUUAAUUGGUUUUCAAAUGUCUGAACUUGAAGAACCUUUGAAUUUAGGCUUUUUGAAUGAACUGAAAGCAUUUCAAAAAGUGGAACAAAUUCAAGAAGUGUCAGGUCAAGCGAGUUCUGAAGCAAGUUUAGAAAGUCUACUUAAAAAGGUUGAAGACUCUUGGAAAUCAACUGAGUUCAUUGUUUUGCCGUAUAAAGAUAGCAAAGAUGUGUUCAUUGUCGGUGGAACAGAUGAAAUACAACAAUUAUGGGAUGAUUCCAAUAUUAAUAUAUCAACUAUUGCAUCAUCACGUCAUGUCGGUCCAAUUAAAAACCGUGUUGAUGAAUGGCAAAGUUUAUUGGAUUUGUUCGGUAAAACAUUAGAUGAAUGGAUGCAGUGUCAAAGAAGUUGGCUAUAUUUGGAAAGUAUAUUCUCUGCUCCAGAUAUACAACGUCAACUGCCUAGUGAAGCUAAAAGUUUCAUGGCUGUUGACAAGUCUUACAAAGAUGUAAUGCGUAAGGUGCAAAAAGUCCCAUUGGCUAUGCGCGCAGCUACACAACCUGGUCUGUUGGACACUUUUCGUAACAAUAACCAACUACUCGAUCAAAUUCAAAAGUGUCUUGAAGCAUAUUUAGAAUCAAAACGUUCUGUAUUUCCAAGAUUUUAUUUCUUAUCAAAUGAUGAAUUGUUGGAGAUAUUGGCACAAACGCGUAAUCCCCUGGCUGUACAACCUCAUUUAAGAAAAUGUUUUGAUGCUAUUGUGAAAUUAGAGUUUGCUUUAGCCCCGGAUUCUACCGAUAAAGACGAACCAGUCUACACAAAUGAUAUAUUGGCUAUGUUAUCGCCAGAAGGUGAAAGAGUGUCUCUUGGCAAGGGCUUAAAAGCAAGAGGAAAUGUUGAAGACUGGUUGGGUAAAGUGGAGGAGGCAAUGUUUACAAAUCUGCGUAAACUAAUGAAAAUUGCUAUCAAUGAUUUUGAAAGUCUAGAGCGUGAGAAUUGGCUUAAAGCACACGCGAACCAAAUUGUUCUGACUGUAGAACAGUUAAUGUGGUCACGCGACAUCACACUGAUUUUGGAAGAUCCAUUUCCAGAGGAUCGGAUUGAUGGUCUGAAAGAAUAUGAAGAGAAGUGUUAUGCCGGACUGAAUAAACUUGCAGCAUUGGUACGCGGCGAGUUACCGAAGCUGUUUCGUGCUCUCCUGUGCUCAUUAAUUACAAUUGACGUACAUGCUCGAGAUAUGGUAACAGAAUUAGUCAAUAGUAAAGUCGAUUCACUAAGUAAUUUCGAUUGGCAGCGCCAGUUGAGAUACUACUGGGAUCUCGAUUUAGAUACGUGUGUUGUAAAAAUGGCGAAUGCAUGUUAUAUUUAUGGUUACGAAUACUUGGGUGCUUCACCACGUCUGGUGAUCACUCCAUUAACCGACAGAUGUUAUCUCUGCUUAAUGGGGGCAUUACAAUUAGAUUUGGGCGGUGCUCCGGCUGGUCCAGCUGGUACUGGUAAAACGGAAACCACGAAAGAUUUAGCAAAAUCUGUCGCAAAACAGUGUGUUGUCUUUAACUGCUCCGACGGUCUGGACUACAAGAUGAUGGGACGAUUCUUCUCUGGUCUAGCACAGUCCGGUGCAUGGUGUUGUUUCGAUGAAUUUAACCGGAUUGACAUUGAGGUUUUGUCUGUUAUCGCUCAACAGCUGAUUACUAUUCGAAAUGCCAAAGCUGCUCGCGUUUCACGGUUUAUGUUUGAAGGCCGUGAAAUAAAACUAGUGCCAACAUGUGCUGCUUUCAUUACAAUGAAUCCAGGCUAUGCUGGACGUACUGAACUGCCUGAUAAUUUAAAAUCUCUAUUUCGUCCAAUAUCUAUGAUGGUGCCGGAUUAUCGUCUUAUCGCUGAAGUUAUCCUUUAUUCUGAAGGAUUUGAAUCUUCAAAAACUCUAGCGUUAAAGAUGACACAAAUGUAUAAGUUGUGCAGUGAACAACUGUCUCAACAGGAUCACUAUGAUUUUGGUAUGAGAGCGUUGAAGUCAGUUCUAGUUAUGGCUGGUUCAUUGAAACGCGAAAAUCCGGAUAAACCAGAAGAUGUUGUAUUAAUUCGUGCUUUACGUGAUAGUAAUCUACCUAAAUUUCUUAAACAUGAUGCUGUUCUGUUUACUGCAAUUUUACAAGAUUUAUUCCCGGGAGUAACAUUGCCUGAACAUGAUUACGGAAGAUUUUUAUCUGAGAUUGAAACUGUCCUUCAAGAAAUGGGGUUACAGAUUGUUUCGGAUCAAGUCUUGAAAGUGAUACAGUUUUUCGAAACGUUACUCGUACGUCAUGGAGUCAUGUUGGUCGGACCAACUGGUGGUGGGAAGACUACUAUUUACCGUGUUUUAGCCAAAGUUCUAGCAAAUUUACAUGCAGCUGAUCUACCAGAUAAUAAACCCGAAUAUCAACCUGUAAAAACUUACGUUCUGAACCCAAAAUCUAUAACUAUGGGCGAAUUAUACGGAGAGGUGCAUAAAUUAACACUUGAAUGGCACGAUGGUCUGUUGGCUUCUAUCGUUCGGCAAACAUGUGUGGAUCAGACACAAGAUCAUCAGUGGGUUAUAUGCGAUGGACCAGUCGAUGCUUUAUGGAUUGAAAAUAUGAAUACUGUAUUGGAUGACAAUAAAAUGCUGUGUUUGGCUAACUCGGAGAGAAUCAAACUAACCAAUUAUGUCCACAUGUUGUUUGAGGUAGAAGAUUUAGCUGUUGCCUCACCCGCAACUGUUAGUCGUUGUGGUAUGGUGUAUGUGGAUCCUGAAGACUUAGGAUGGUUACCGUAUGUAAAAACGUGGCUAAAAUCAAUUGAAGAUAAAUUAGUUCCUCAUGUUGUUGAAUACAUUAUGGGUCUUUUUGAGAAAUACGUUGAUCCCUUCCUACAGUUUGUAAUGAAUAAAUGUUCAGCAAUUAUCCCACAGGUCCCAAUUGCCCGGGUACAAACAAUGUGUAAACUUUUGGAAGUCUUAUUAACUCAUUCAGGGGGUCCACCGAUGAGUCCUGAAAAGAGUAAAUUAAAUCCAAUAUUAGCCAUGUCAUUUGUAUUCUCAUUGCUAUGGGGGUUGGCAGGUAAUUUGAUUGAUGCAAACUGGGAUUCAUGUGACGCAUUUAUACGUAAUCUUUUUGAUGACCUAGGCGACGCUCGAUUGCCACAACAUGCUGAUUUAUGGUCCUGCUAUGUUGAUAUGGAUACACGUCGUAUGGAUAAUUGGGAUAAAAUGCUUGGCACAUUUAUUUAUAAUAAGAAAAUACCAUUUUUCGAUAUGAUUGUACCGACUGUAGACACAGUUCGAUAUGGUUAUAUGUUGGAGAAAUUGUUGGAUGCCAACCAAAGUGUUCUCUUCACUGGUUUGACAGGAGUUGGAAAAUCAGUUGUUGUUCGUGGAACUCUGAAUUCCAUAGCUCAAAUAAAAAAUUAUGUACCUGCAUUUGUGAACUUCUCGGCUCAGACAAGCAGCAAUCGUACACAAGAAAUGAUCGAAAGUAAAUUGGAGAAAAAGAAGAGAAAUGUUCGUGGUGCACCAAAAGAUAAACGUGUGAUACUGUUUGUAGACGAUUUAAAUAUGCCGAAACAAGAUACAUUCGGAAGUCAACCACCCAUUGAAUUAUUGAGACAAUAUCAAGAUUUUCACGGUUUCUAUGACAGGGACAAGCUGGAGUGGAUUAAGAUUAAAGAUAUGACACUGUGUGCAGCAUGUGGUCCACCAGGAGGUGGGAGAAAUCCAGUUACUGCAAGACUGAUCAGACAUUUUUCCCUGUUCGCUAUACCUCCACCAUCUGAAACCAGCUUAAAGCAAAUAUUCUCUUCAAUUAUCAAUGGUUACUUUCUUGAAUUCCCUCAAGGAGUCCGUAAUAAUGGCGACGCGGUUGUGAAUUCUGCUGUUGAGAUAUACUCCAGAAUGGCUAAAGAAUUACUGCCGACACCUGCUAAAUCCCAUUACGUAUUCAACCUGAGAGAUUUAUCAAAAUGCAUUCAAGGGGUUUUGCAAGGUGAUUUGAAUAUUGUACGCGACAAACAAACCUUAAGUAAACUGUUUUACCAUGAAGCUCAACGUGUAUUUCAUGAUCGACUGAUAAAUCAAGAAGAUAAGAACUUUUUCAACCAAAUUCUUUCAGAUAUGGCCUCAAAGUACUUUGGUGAGACAAUUGAACCAGAAACAUUUUCCAAGAAUCCAAUACUAUUCGGUGACUUUUUAAGACCUGGUGUUCCCCGGGCAGAACGAUAUUAUGAGGAGUUGUAUGAUAUUGAAAAGCUGAAAUCGUUAUUAAUGGAUUAUUUAGACGAUUACAACUUAGUUAUGUCAAAAGAUGUGAAACUUGUCUUCUUUGUUGAUGCCGUUGAACAUGUUUGUCGUAUUGCACGAAUGAUUAGACAAGACAGAGGCAAUGCAUUGUUGGUCGGUGUUGGUGGUACAGGAAAACAAUCCCUGACAAGGUUAGCCGCUCAUAUUAAUGAAUACAAAUGUUUCCAGAUUGAAUUAUGUCGUGGUUACGACUAUUCAUCAUUUCAUGAAGAUUUAAAAAGAUUGUAUAUUUCAGCUGGAGUGGAAAAUAAACCAACUGUAUUCUUAUUCACAGAUAAUCAAAUAAUUGUAGAAGAAUUCCUUGAAGAUAUUAAUAAUAUAUUAAAUUCCGGUGAAGUACCAAAUUUAUUUGAAAGUGAUGAAUAUGAACGUUUGAUAAUUGGGUGUCGACCAGCUGCUAAAGAUGCUGGUAUUGCUGAGGGAAAUCGUGAUGCAAUUUAUGAAUUCUGCAUCAAUCGUGUACGUAAUAACCUUCAUAUCGUCCUGUGUAUGUCACCAGUUGGUUCAAAUUUCCGAGUGCGCUGCAGAAUGUUUCCAUCAUUGGUAAACUGCUGUACAAUUGAUUGGUUUGUUGAAUGGCCUGAAGACGCAUUGUAUAGUGUUGCGAAGUUUGCCUUUUCACAAGCUGACUUCAGUUCAGAUGAGAUGAAAGAGGCUGUGUCCAAAUUAUCCACUGAUAUUCAUUUGAGUGUCUCACAAACAGCUGAACGUUUUUAUGCUGAGCUGAAACGACAUUACUACACUACACCUACAAGCUACUUGGAACUACUUGAAUUAUAUACCACUAUGCUAAACAAGCGAAUCAAAGAAUUAUUGGAUGGCAGAGAUAAAUUUCGCAAUGGUUUGAAUAAGAUUUUGGAAACAAAUGAUUUAAUCGCAAAAAUGGAAGUGGAAUUGACAGCAAUGAGACCGACACUUGAAGUCAAGCAACGCGAUACGGAAAAACUAAUGAUUAAGUUGAGUGAAGAUCAAGAACAGGCCGAUAGUGUUCGUAAUCGCGUGAAAGAAGAUGAAGCUUUGGCUAAACAGAAAGCUGCCGAAAAUCAAAUUAUUGCUGAUGAUGCCCAACGUGAUUUAGAUGAGGCGAUUCCAGCACUUGAGGCAGCUAACAAAGCACUUGAUUCGUUGGAUAAAAAUGACAUAUCAGAAAUUCGCGUGUUUACCAAGCCUCCACAGUUGGUACAAACUGUUAUGGAAGCAGUUUGUGUAAUGCUUGGACAAAAAGGAGACUGGGCAACUGCGAAAGUUGUAUUAGGGGAUUCCAACUUUCUUAGGAAACUAGUUGAAUUUCCAAAAGAUGAAAUUACUGAUGGUCAGUUGAAAAAACUGAAAAAAUACAUUGAUAAUCCUGAAUUUACACCGGAAAUCGUUGAGAAAACCAGUAAAGCAUGUAAAUCUAUGUGCAUGUGGGUUCGAGCUUUGAACUUAUACGCUCAUGUGUUUCGUACUGUCGAGCCGAAAAGAAAACGAUUAGAAGAGGCGAAUGCAGAGUUAGACAAUGUAAUGCGUAAACUUCAGGAGAAACAAGCUGAACUAGUCAAAGUUGAACGAAAAAUUGCUUCCUUACAAGCAGAAUAUGAUGAAUCAGUUGCUGAAAAGAAGAAACUUGAACAUCGUCUAGCGUUGACAUCAGCUCGUUUGAAACGCGCUGGUAAACUGACAAGUGCUUUGGCUGAUGAACAAGAUAGAUGGAAAAUAUCGAUUGAUGAAUACGAAGCACAACUUGAAAAUGUUAUUGGUGAUGUGUUUGUCGCUGCUGCAUGUGUCGCCUAUUAUGGAGCUUUCACAUCAGAGUAUCGUGAACUCUUGGUGAACAAAUGGGUCCUUCGGUGUCGGGAACUAGGUAUACCAGUAAGUGAUAAUCCAACCUUAUUCAGCGUUCUCGGUGAUGCAUUCGAAGUGAGACAGUGGAAUACACAAGGUUUACCACGUGAUCAAGUCAGUACAGAUAAUGCUAUACUAGUGACACGUUCAAGACGAUGGCCACUGAUGAUCGAUCCACAAGAACAAGCAAAUCGUUGGAUACGUGUUAUGGAGGCAGAAAAUAAUUUAAAAGUAAUCAAGUUAACAGAUUCAAAUCUGCUGAGAAUACUGGAAAAUUGUAUACGGGUUGGGUUUCCAGUUCUUCUCGAAGAUGUUGGAGAAACACUAGACCCUGCCUUAGAACCAAUAUUAUUAAAGCAAAUUUUCAUGUCUGGCGGUCGACUGCUUAUUCGACUAGGUGACUCAGAUAUUGAAUAUGAUAAAAAUUUCAGAUUUUAUAUCACUAGUAAAUUAGCCAACCCUCAUUAUUUACCAGAAGUGUCAAUUAAAGUAACGAUUAUCAAUUUCACCGUCACACCAGCUGGUUUAGAAGAUCAAUUGCUUGGUGAAGUGACAGGUAUCGAACGUCCUGAGCUGGAAGAACAACGCAGUCAGUUAAUUGUACGCAUCAAUACAGAUAAAAAUCAGUUGAAAGAUACAGAAGACCGUAUACUUAAAUUGUUAUUUGAAUCUAAAGGGAAUAUUCUGGACAACGAAGAUUUGAUCAAUACACUGAAUGAGUCUAAAGCCAAGUCGAGUGAGAUUACUAAACGUUUAGCAGAAGCUACAUUAACAGAACAAAAAAUUACAAAUGCACGCUCUAAAUACUUACCAGUUGCUUCAAGAGGAUCUGUGAUGUAUUUCGUUAUCACGACUAUGUCUGAAAUCGAUCCUAUGUAUCAGUUUUCAUUGAAAUAUUUUAAGAAUUUAUUCAACUCAACAAUUCAAAACAGUCAACAAGCAUCAAGUUUAGAAGAACGUAUACAAAUUCUUCUUGAAUCCACUACUAAAUCCACAUAUAAUAAUGUUGCUCGUGGUUUAUUUGAACGUGAUAAACUAGUCUUUUCGUUCAUGCUAUGCGUGCAGAUAUUAAGGCAAAUGGAUCAAAUCACUACACAAGAAUGGAACUAUUUCUUGUUGGGUACACCUGAAGAUAUCAAGGAAUAUAAACGGACUGAACAACCAGCUGAUACGCUUGAUUGGUUAAAUGCAAGACAAUGGCGAAGAAUAGUCGAUCUGGCUCAUCAUUUCCCUGAUCAGUUUUCAUCACUGCCUGAAGAUGUUAGAAAGUGUUCAAUAUCAGUGAAUUUUAAUCCAUUGAUAAGCUUUAAAGAAAGUGAACAACAGCAAAACAGUAAUGAUGAGUUACAAAACGAUGUUGAAGAAUUAGACGCGUAUAACCUAACUCCUAAAAGUCAUGAAAAUCUUCCACGGGCUAAUUAUCAGGAUAAUUUAACAGGUUUCCAAAAACUGUUAUUAAUAUCAACUAUACAUGAAGAGAGUGUUGUAAAAGCUGUUACAGAAUUUGUUCGUGUUAGUUUAGGUGAAGAGUUCAUCGAAACACCACCGUGUAGUUUGCCUAUUUUAUAUAAAGAAAUGGACCGUAUCACACCACUUGUUUUUAUUUUAUCUACUGGUUCUGAUCCAAUGAAUCAGUUUCAGAAAUUUGCCAAAGAAUACGGUUAUUCAGAACGUGUACACUCGGUUUCUCUAGGUCAAGGUCAAGGACCAAAAGCAGAGAAGUUAAUUGAAGAAGCAAGUAAAACAGGAGAUUGGGUAUUUCUGCAGAACUGUCAUCUGGCUGCAUCAUGGAUGAUCAGGUUGGAAGAGAUAGUGAAACAGCGCGCUGAAAAUCCUAGAUCAACUCACGUUGACUAUCGCUUAUAUUUAAGUUCAAUGCCGGCAAAAUCAUUUCCAAUCUUCGUAUUGCAAAAUUCUGUAAAGGUGACCAAUGAACCGCCAAAAGGAUUAAGAGCGAAUCUCAGCAGAGCGAUUAAUGAUAUCUCAAGGGGAGCAUUUGAAACACAUGUUCUGGGAGCUGACUGGCGUAAGUUAGUCUUCGGCAUAUGUUUCUUCCAUUCAAUUAUAUUGGAGAGGAAAAAGUUUGGUCCACUAGGUUGGAAUAUCAGUUACGAUUUCAAUGACUCAGACAGAGAAUGCGCCAUAUUAAAUUUAGAAAUGUUUUGUCAAGAGUCCCACAUACCAUGGGAUGCUUUAACCUAUAUUACAGCUGAGAUUACUUAUGGUGGACGUGUAACAGAUUUCUGGGAUCAACGAUGUUUACGUACAAUUCUUCAGCGUUUCUUCCAUCCAUCUACACUGGAACCAGGUUAUGUAUAUUCACCAUCUGGUAUUUAUUAUCCACCGGAUAAAACAACACUAUCUGAAUACUCAGAAUAUGUGUCUAGCCUUCCAUUCAGCGCUGCUCCGGAGUUAUUCGGAAUGCAUGAAAAUGCUAAUUUAGUCUAUCAGCUUCAAGAGACUAGUAAACUGAUAUCUGUUAUACUCAGUGUUCAACCGCGUACAAGUACAUCAGCUAUGGGUAAAACAAGUGAUGAAUUAGUUUAUGAGAAUGCAGAUUCAAUAUUAAAAAAACUUCCAGAAAAACUUAAUAUUGAAGAAGCUCGUUCAGAUUUAUUUGAAACUGAUGCUAAAGGCCGAGUUGAUUCACUAACUACUGUACUCACUCAAGAAAUUGAUCGAUUCAAUAAAUUACUAAGCAUUAUCAAGAAUUCAUUAAAGCAACUUAGAAAAGCUAUUAAAGGUUUUGUUGUAAUGUCAGAAGACUUGGAAGGCAUUUAUACAGCAUUUCUACAAAAUUCAAUACCAGAAAUGUGGUCGUCUAAAGCUUAUCCGAGUUUAAAACCACUAGGAAGUUGGGUUAAAGAUUUAGUAUUACGCUGUGAUUUUAUUCAUACUUGGAUGAUCAGAGGAAAACCAAUUUCAUUUUGGAUAUCUGGGUUCUUCUUUCCUCAGGGUUUUCUAACUGGAAUCUUACAGAAUUAUGCCAGAAAGUAUGAUUAUCCGAUAGAUCACUUAACUUUUAAUUUUAAUGUCCUACCACACUAUCGUCAUCAAGAAGAAAUUUCUCUUGCAACAUCUAAACUACGUUUAAGCGAAGUAUUGGAAUGUGAUGCAAAUCUACAUGAACCGGAAGACGGUGUACUUGUGCACGGAUUAUAUAUGGAUGGUUUCAGAUGGGAUGAUAAGACUAUGCAAGUGACUGACUCCAUACUUGGAGAAAUGUUAGCAGUUAUGCCCGUGUUGCAUAUGAAGCCAGAAAUGGAUUAUACACCAGAUCCAAGUCACUACAUAGCACCGUUAUAUAAAACAGCAGCAAGAGCUGGUGUGUUGUCAACAACUGGUAUGUCAACUAAUUUUAUUGUUGCUGUUCCACUGAAAACAAACAAACCACCAGCGUAUUGGAUUGAAAUGGGAUCAAGUUUACUAUGUGAAUGUGUAAAUUCAUGAAGAGAGAAAAAGGAUAAUCUUUUCCUGUGUGCAAAAGAAUCAUUAUCUUUAAACAAAAAACAUAUAAACAAAGCAAAAACAAAAUAUCUUUAAAAACAAUUAAUCUAUCUAUGACUUAUUCUUUGUACUGAAUCUUGUGAGAGAUACUUAAACCGA